AAGUAUAAGAACAUUGCAGAGCACUACCUCGUGGGAGUUACCGGUCGCGACGAAGAAGAUCAGAUCCCGCCACAACUUUUCGUCAUGGAUAUGACUAAUGGAAAAGCAAACACCUUUGUCAAGGGAAUUGAAAAUCCCCACUCAUUAGCGAUCUCUGAUGAAGGAACAGUAUAUAUUGCGCAAAUGCACCCGAAUCAAAUAACCCAGAUCUCCCUUCCUGAUCAAGCAUGA